CAGCCCCUUUCUCCAUCUAUAGAAUAUAUAGGAUUUGAUUUUGGUUUCCUUCUCUGCAAUUGUAAGAUUAGUUGAGAUAAUUAACAAUGGCUUUACCUGGACUUAAGCAGCAGCUCCAGCACCUAAUCGAAUCCAUGGUGAACGAGGGUAUCUUAGUUGAACAGCAGUUUGCUCAAGUGCAAGAGUUGAAAACUUCAGACAAUCCUAAUUUUGUUUCCCAAAUCCUCAACGAUUUCUGUGAUGGCGCAGAGACAAGUAUAACUAAUUUGAAUAAGUUUCUAGGUGAAGAACAAGUUGAAUUUGACAAGUUAGAUACCAGUAUCCAUCUUUUAAAAGGAAGUAGCUCAAGCAUUGGAGCAUAUCAAAUGCGUCUUGCUACUGUUGACCUUGUUAAAGCUGUUGAUGAAAAGGACAAGGAAAGGUCCUUGGAGGCCUUGAAGAAAGUCACACAUGAGUACCUGAGAAUACAGUACAAAUUGCAGACCAUUAUUCAGCUGGAGAACAAGAUGUAUGAUAUUGAAUCCAAACCACUAUUACAUGAUGGAAAUUGUGCAGCAGGGCCUUCAUAUACAAAAGAUAUAUGAAGAACUGUAUCCAGUAUUCAAUUUUCCAGAUGAAGUUUUCUAUUGUUCUGAAUGG